AUGCAGCCCACAUAUUGGUACGCGGUGCUUCUGCUGCAACCUUUGCUGUACCUGGUCACCUGUGCAAAUUUAAGCAGUGGUGGCAAAUCAGAACUUCUAAAAGCAGGCAGUUCCAAAUCCAUACUAAAGCAUAUAUGGACAGAAAGCAGCAAAGACUUAUCAAUCAGCCGGCUGCUAUCACAGACUUUUCGCAGAAAAGAAAAUGAAACAGAUUUGAGUAUGCGGUACGAUGCUCCUGAAACUUAUUCAGAGCAAGAUCUAUGGGAGUGGCUGAGGAACUCCACGGAUCUUCAAGAACCUCGAUCCAGAGCAAAGCGACGGCCCAUUGUCAAGACUGGGAAAUUUAAGAAAAUGUUUGGCUGGGGCGAUUUUCAUUCCAAUAUCAAGACAGUCAAGCUAAACCUGUUGAUAACUGGGAAAAUAGUUGAUCAUGGCAACGGGACAUUCAGUGUUUACUUUAGGCAUAAUUCAACCGGCCAAGGGAAUGUAUCAGUGAGCUUGGUGCCCCCAACCAAAAUAGUAGAAUUUGACUUGGCACAACAAACAGUGAUUGAUGCCAAAGAUUCCAAGUCCUUCAACUGCCGCAUUGAGUAUGAAAAGGUUGACAAAGCCACCAAGAACACGCUCUGCAACUAUGAUCCUUCUAAAACAUGUUACCAGGAGCAAACCCAAAGUCACGUCUCAUGGCUCUGCUCCAAGCCCUUUAAAGUAAUCUGUAUUUACAUUUCCUUUUAUAGUACAGAUUAUAAACUAGUACAGAAAGUAUGCCCAGAUUACAACUACCAUAGCGACACGCCAUACUUCCCUUCGGGUUGA